GGCAGCAUGAGGUCUUUCGCAGUGAGGUAGAAGUAUAAGAACCACCCGCAAUACCCCUCUCUCACAGUUCUCACCUCACCCCCCUCAGUUCUCUAGCAUUGUAACGGGCUCUUCCUUUAUCACUUCCUUUCACAAUGCGCUUCACCGCCGGUUCCCUGGCUGCUGCCACUCUCCUUGCGGGUGUUGUCUCAGCAGCCCCUGCCCCCGCCCGCAACGGUCUGAGCAAAAGGGUGUACAAGCCCACUGGUAUUGCCAGCCGUGCGAGCAACAAGGCUUCGUCCAGUGUCUUGGAGCUGAAGAAGGUGAAGAGUAGCAGUGGUGCGAGCCGCAGCGCUUCCCGCCUGAAGAAAACCAGCUCCAGCACUACUACCUCCGGCAGCUCUACCCUAAUCUCGCUCUUUGAGGGCGAGGAAUUCGCUACCUCCAUCACAGUCGGUGGGGCCUCUGUGGACGUGAUCGUUGACACUGGUUCCAGUGAUCUGUGGCUGGUGGAAGAGGGCUUCACGUGCCUGAGCGAGAACGGGAAGCAGGUCUCCGAAUCCACCUGCGCGUUCGGUCCCACCUGGUCCCCCACGAGCUCCUUUGCGAAGAUCUCCGGCGAGGAAUUCUCCAUCAGCUAUGGCGACGGAGAGUUUGCCACCGGAGUUAUGGGCAAGGAUGAAGUCACGCUGGCCGGGAUCAGCGUCGAGCAGGAGCUGGCCGGUGUCACCGAGGCAUACUGGGCGGGAGAUGGCACCACUUCCGGUCUCGUGGGUCUGGCCUACCCUGGCAUCACGAGUGCCUACAGCACCCGAACCGAUCGGCAGGUGGAAUACGACCCCAUCAUCACCACCCUGGUCGAUGAAGGCAUCAUCGACUCCUACUUCAGCAUCGCCAUCGAGCGCGAUGUCUCCGGGGCUGCCGGCUACAUCACCCUUGGCGGUCUUCCUCCCGUCAACUACACUGACACCUGGUCAUCCACCGAUAUCCUGGUGACCACCUCUGACGGUCAGGACGAAGGCUACGCCUACUACACCAUUGAGAUCGACGCCGUCACUCUGAGCGGCAAGUCGCUCACCGCCGCCGGUGGCAGUAGCAUCCAGUACAUUGUCGACAGCGGCACCACCCUGAACUACUACCCGACUUCGAUCGCGGCCGAAGUCAACGCUGCAUUCUCCCCUGCCGCCACGUACAGCGAGGACGAGGGCGCCUACGUGGUCGACUGUGAUGCCACGGCCCCCGCGCACGGAAUCACCAUCGGAGGAACCACCUACAUCAUCAACCCCUUGGACAUGAUUCUGGACGCCGGCACCGACGACAGUGGCAACACUGUCUGUAUCUCGGGUAUUGUGGACGGUGGCGACGACUACAGCGAGGAUAUCUUCAUCCUUGGCGAUGUCUUCCUGAAGAAUGUGGUCGCCGUCUUUGAUGUUGGUGACGUGGAGCUCAAGUUUGCGCCCAGGGAGUUCUACGACUCCAACGACACCUACUAAGGGCCGUUGCCGCUUGAGAAGAUGGGGCUUAGCGAGGAUGCUGUUGCUGUUUGUGUGACCGAAAUAUUAGUUGCUUGUUUACUUUCAUCAUGUGAUACGAUUUCGAGACUGCCGGUCGAUUGUAUACUCGGUCUGUUGCUCGAGGGCACCGGCUGUGCCGGGCUAUGUUAAAUAAUAUGAAGUUCUGUGAUUUGAGAUCAAUCAAUCAAAUUCAUC